AUGGAUCCUUCGUUGUGGACUGAGCUUGUGAGAAAGGCGUACACCACCGCGCAGGAAAUAUGUAGACAACGAGGAUCUCCUCAAGUGGAUCCUGUUCAUCUUUUUGCUGCAUUGCUCCAAGAUCCGCAGCAACUCCCUACUCAGGCGCUUAAAAGAGCUGGAACUGAUGUUUCGUUGCUGCACGAACAUGUAGAGACAGAAAUUGCAAAGUUUCCGGCACAGAAGCCUCCCCCAGAAGUUAUUGGGCCCAACCAUGCGUGCGCAGCCGCGUUCAGACAAGCCAAGGCCAUUCAGCUUGAGAUGAAGGAUACGCACUUAGCAGUGGACCAUUUGCUGUUGGCACUGUGCGAGAACCGCGGCAUAAGGCAGGCGUUACAAGCGUCGGGUUGCGACUACAAAAAGCUGAAGGAGAUUUGUGCGAAGCUUCGAGGCGGAGCCCGUGUAAUUACGGAAGGCGGAGAUCAAAAUUUUGAUGCCCUCACCAAAUAUGGCGUGGAUUUUACUGACCUAGCCGAGCAGGGAAAGCUGGACCCCGUGAUUGGCAGAGAUGAAGAAAUCAGGAGGGUCAUCCGCAUUCUGUGCAGACGAACCAAGAACAACCCUGUCUUGAUUGGAGAACCGGGCGUAGGAAAGUCUGCAAUUGUCGAGGGGCUGGCGCGUCGGGUGGUCGAGGGGGAUGUUCCGUCAUCUCUGCACUGCCGCAUUAUUUCUCUGGACUUGGGUGCCCUCAUAUCCGGAGCAAAGUACAGGGGAGAGUUCGAAGAGCGGCUCAAAGCGGUCCUCAUGGAAGUUAAAAACGCACAAGGAUCGGUAAUACUCUUCAUCGACGAAAUACAUAUGGUCAUGGGGGCCGGAAAGACAGAUGGCGCCAUGGACGCUGCAAACCUCUUAAAACCCAUGCUUGCAAGAGGAGAACUUCGGUGUAUUGGCGCCACAACUCUCGAUGAGUACCGAAAACACGUAGAGAAAGACGCGGCGUUUGAGCGGCGAUUUCAACAAGUGCACGUCCAUGAGCCAUCGGUUUCGGCCACUAUUUCAAUUCUGAGAGGUCUCAAGGACAGAUAUGCGGCGCAUCACGGAGUCAGAAUUCUCGAUACGGCCCUUGUGGAGGCAGCACAGCUUGCAGUUGAAGGCACUGCUUUGGCGAAGGAGAGCGAUGCCGCUUCUGAGGAGCGCCUGUCUGCUGUCCGUCAGGAAAUUGCGAAGCUGAGGGAAACCUUAAAGCCUCUGCAGCUGCAGUAUAGCAGGGAAAAGGAGACUCUGGAUGAGCUGCGGCAGCUGGCCCUCAAGGAGGACGAUCUUAAGGCGAAGAUUGAGAAAGCGGAGAGGCUAGGGCAGAUGGACCUUGUUGCAGAGCUGCGGUAUGACGCCCUUCCGGGGCUUCAGAAGAGACUGAGUGAACUGCGGAAGCAGCAAGAGAUGUACGAGAAAACUCACAAACCGCUCUUGACGGAGGUGGUCGGCCCCGAGCAGAUAGCGGACGUAGUCCACCGCUGGACAAACAUUCCCGUGCAAAAAUUGACGCAGACAGAGAAGGAGCGCCUGCUGUGUCUCAAGGAGAAACUUUCGCAACGGGUUAUCGGACAAAUGCCAGCGGUUACGGCAGUGUCGGAGGCGAUCCUCAGAGGCAUCUAUAUGUCACUGCAGCCCUCGGCAGUGCGUGGUUUUUGAGUGCAGACCGGCGUGGGCAAGACCGAGCUGUGCAAAGCGGUGGCAGAGGAGCUCUUCGAUACGAAGGAACGCAUCGUGCGCCUCGACAUGUCCGAAUAUAUGGAGCAACACUCCGUCGCGCGGCUAAUUGGCGCCCCCCCCGGCUAUAUCGGCCAUGAGGAAGGAGGGCAGCUCACAGAAGCUAUCAGACGAAAUCCUUAUUCCGUGGUGCUGCUGGACGAAGUGGAAAAAGCACAUCACCAAGUGUGGAACGUGCUCCUGCAAGUGCUGGACGAGGGGCGUCUAACAGAUUCCCAGGGGCGGACCGUCGAUUUCUCGAACUGUCUGCUCAUCCUGACUUCAAACAUAGGAGCGCAUUACCUUCUAGAAGCCGCCGAAAAAAGUGCUGCUGUUGUCUCCGCUUUCGUAGGUGCAGAAAAGGAGGCGGCUUACUUUGACACCGCUUUUUCCAAGGUGAUGGCGGAAGUUCGCCGUAUCUUCAGACCUGAGCUGCUCAACCGCUUGGACGACAUUGUGGCGUUUAGGGCGCUCAGCAACGCGGAUCUUGAAGCUGUGAUGAGGCUGCAAGUAGACGAGGUCCGACUUCGUCUGCGUGAAAAGCGCAUUGCUCUGGAACUGACUGACACCGCAUUGCGGCACUCGUUAGAGGAAGCCUUCGAUCCAGCCUUCGGAGCAAGGCCCCUGAAGCGGUACCUGGAGAAGCACAUCGUAUCUGAUUUGUCUGUCAUGAUCCUUAAUGGUGACUUGGGACCUGAUCACGAGGCAAUUGCUGACUGGAGUCCCUUAGAGAAGAAGUGGAAAUGGCAAAUUACCCGACUCAAUGGAGCCCUUAACGAAGAGGGCCAGAGGCACGAGAUGGACACGGACUUUCCUGGAGAUGGAGGAAUGCCACGAUCUAUCUCAGAGAGCAGCCGAACGAGUUCAUACACAGGCAGGUCAGAGGCGAUGCACGCGGCAAAUACGAAACGGUUUCGCUACUGA